GACAAAUUAAAAAGCUUAGUGGGGAAGGGCAAAAAAUCCUGCAGCGAACAGGGAAGGCUUGUACGCCUGAAAAUUUAUUUUUGGCUAUGUGUGCCUUGCUUACUGUAUUAUCCUCUGCUGAGGCGACAAAUGAUGCCACCACGGAACAAAUGGAAUGAAUCAAUGGUGAAUCAUCAGUUGAUGGCCUGGGGAGAUGGCGGCAUCGCAGACCCUCGUAUAGCACAUCAGAAAUUUCCUGACCAUAUCCAAACGCACUUAUGGAAGAUUGCAGCUGCGCUUAAGACUGUUAGAUUUUACGAGGGAACCUUUUCUGGCACCGUGAAUUCUGCAUCGACUUAUAAAUUCACCUCAUUUAAAGAGAUAAAUGUAACUGCAUGCGUACCUUUACCAUAUCUAUUUCUGAUAGGGAAUUUUAGCUUUGAUAACGGUAUUAACUGUACCAAUUGUCGACUAUAUUCUUGCAUUAAUAGCUCUAUAGAAUUUGACUCCGAAUAUUCUCUUAUGAUUUUACAACAACGUUCUCAUAUUUGGCUUCCGGUAGAUCUAGAACGACCAUGGGCUCAAAAUCCUGUAGAUGUCUUAGUAUUGGAGUUUUUUAAAAGGGUACUAAAGCGCACCAAACGUUUUCUCGGUAUUGUUGUGGCAGUCAUUUUAAGUUUAAUCACAGUCACCACUAUAGCUACCGUUUCAGGCAUAGCUUUACAUACAUCUUUGCAAACUAAGCAUUUUGUGGAAGACUGGCACCAUAACUCUCGGGAUCUUUGGCUUUCACAAACCAUGAUCGAUACUCGCUUACAAACACAAAUAGAUAUCCUCAGACAGACGGUGAGCUGGUUAGGGAAAAAGGUUUUGACACUAGAAAGGCAAGUUUGGCUGCAUUGCGAUUGGAAUUCCACAACUUUUUGUGUUACCAAUUUAAAAUACAAUGAGUCGCAGCACGAGUGGAGCAUCAUCCAAAGUUAUUUAGAAGGUAAUUCCUCAGCUACUAACAUGAUCAAUGACCUACACACGAACAUUCAGGAGGUAUUUGGCAGACCAUUUGAGACUGAAGAUGCCGCUACGUUGGCCAAUUUACUUCUUAAGCAACUUAAGGGACUAGAUCCAAAAGGUAUUAUUCAAAGUUUGGGGCAUACUGCUGGAGGAAUGGGAUUUGUAUUGUUGAUUGUUAUCUUAUGCUUUAUGCUAUUGCAUUUUUGCUAUCUAAAGCCUUCCCAGAAUUCUAUGGCCAUCCUUUGGAGGGCACUUUUAUUAAAACAAAAGAAAAAGAGGGAAUUGAGAUGGUGUAGGCUUGUAGACCCCUUGCCAGGCCAGGGUCAUUUGAGGACUGCAGUGAGGUUAAGGUCGGCCAGGCAGGCCUAGGCCAGGAGGAGAAAACGUUCUCUUCCCCUUACCUCAUGUUGCAAGGCCUAAAUGCCUGGAUCAGCAGGAAGUGGCUCUUGCCUCGCUUAAAGUGUAUCUUUCUAAUCAGAAGUGUUCUUUCUAAAGACAAAGAACAUGUUGUCUCCAAAGGAAGGAUGGCUAAGAGAAUUCUUUAUUCUGCAAGCAUAAACAGGAUGUAUUUUGUUCUUAUUGCAUUUCGUGUAUAUUUCACUUCACAGAUGUUGGCUUGAUACAUUGUUAUGUUUAUCUGAUCUCUGCGAGUAUAUAGCUACGUGAGAAAUAAACGGCAGUAUGCAGUUGCAAGUGCUGCCUUUGCUCUG